CGGCCAGAGGCGGGACCAGAGCCCGGACUAGAACCCACAGGGGCACGGACUGCGGAAGUUUUAUGAGGGUCGGCGGCUGGUGAAGCUCAGUGUUAUUUUGGAACAAGUUCUAGGAGGGAGGCGAUCGCUCGGGUGCAAGAGCCAUCAGCCUCCCUAGGUUUGGGGGCUUAACCCUGGGCACGAUUCGACGUCGCUCGCUCCUGUUGGCUCUUUUCGCCCCUUGUUUCUUCCCAGGGAGCUGUCUCGCAUUUCCGCCAUGUCAUCCACUUCGCCCAACCUCCAGAAAGCAAUAGAUCUUGCUAGCAAAGCUGCACAAGAAGACAAAGCUGGAAACUACGAAGAAGCCCUUCAGCUCUACCAACACGCCGUACAGUAUUUCCUCCAUGUGGUUAAAUAUGAAGCACAAGGUGAGAAAGCCAAGCAAAGUAUCAGAGCGAAGUGUACAGAGUAUCUUGAUAGAGCAGAAAAACUAAAAGAGUACUUGAAAAAGAAAGAGAAAAAUCCACAGAAGCCAGUGAAGGAGGGACAGCCAAGUCCAGCUGAUGAGAAGGGGAAUGACAGUGAUGGGGAAGGAGAAUCUGAUGACCCUGAAAAAAAGAAACUGCAGAAUCAACUUCAAGGUGCCAUUGUUAUAGAGCGACCAAAUGUGAAGUGGAAUGAUGUUGCUGGUCUCGAAGGAGCCAAAGAAGCACUUAAAGAAGCUGUGAUACUGCCUAUUAAAUUUCCUCAUCUUUUUACAGGCAAGAGAACACCUUGGCGAGGAAUCUUAUUAUUCGGGCCACCUGGAACAGGAAAAUCUUAUUUAGCCAAAGCCGUAGCAACAGAAGCAAACAACUCAACAUUUUUUUCAAUAUCAUCCUCUGACCUUGUUUCUAAGUGGCUGGGUGAAAGUGAAAAAUUAGUUAAGAACUUAUUCCAACUUGCCAGAGAGAACAAGCCUUCCAUUAUCUUCAUUGAUGAAAUUGACUCUCUGUGUGGUUCAAGAAGUGAAAAUGAAAGUGAAGCUGCACGCAGAAUUAAAACAGAGUUCCUGGUACAAAUGCAAGGGGUUGGUGUGGACAAUGAUGGGAUUUUGGUUCUGGGAGCUACAAAUAUUCCCUGGGUUCUGGAUUCUGCUAUUAGACGAAGAUUUGAGAAACGAAUUUAUAUUCCUUUGCCUGAAGCCCAUGCCCGAGCAGCAAUGUUUAAACUGCACUUGGGGACCACUCAGAACAGCCUGACCGAAACAGACUUCCGAGAACUCGGGAAGAAAACUGACGGUUAUUCAGGAGCAGAUAUAAGUAUCAUAGUGCGUGAUGCACUUAUGCAGCCUGUUAGAAAAGUACAGUCAGCUACUCAUUUUAAAAAGGUUCGUGGUCCUUCCCGAGCAGACCCUAACAGCAUUGUAGAUGACCUGCUCACGCCCUGCUCUCCAGGUGAUGCUGGUGCCAUUGAAAUGACGUGGAUGGAUGUCCCUGGGGAUAAACUUUUGGAACCAGUUGUUUCCAUGUCUGAUAUGUUGCGGUCGCUGUCUAACACAAAGCCCACGGUCAAUGAACACGACUUGUUGAAAUUAAAGAAGUUUACAGAAGAUUUUGGCCAAGAAGGCUAAACCAAAGACAAGGAAGAUGUUUACCAUAUGUAUUCUUUCUUUCAUGGUAUCUCGCCUUUUUUGAAUGGCAUUCAGAUUAUUUCCAGUAGAACUCUAUUACCACAAGGAAAUACACAUCUCACUUCAAAGUUCCUUUCAGUUUUAUAUUGUACUUUUCCUCCUUUACCUAUUAAAUGCUAUUAACAAAAAUUAUUAAAAAAAAAACAAAUUAAAAAGAAAUGAGUGGUAUGUGGAUGACAAAAAAAAAUAGUUUAUCCCCCCAAACAUUAGAAGUUGAUUGACAUACAAAUAUUUAAAAUUUUGUGAAUGGUAGUCUUUACAAAGCAUUUAUCUUUUUUUUUAACUAAAUGAAAUAGGACUUAUUUUAUAUUUUGAAAAAUUUACACAUCAUUUUUAUUAUCAAUGUAGUGUAUUUACUUUAUUAAAAAAAUUAAAAUGAUAGAACCUUCACUCUCAGGGAUGGGCAGUCAAACAGCAAAGAGCACUGUGAUUGGCUUUGGAAGAGUUUGAAUUGUGUCCUUGCCAGUGCUCUUACUUUUAAUAGGUUGAUAUUUCUUUCUGUGUUGAUUUAAAUCAUUUCUUUUAAAGCUGCAAGCUUUUAUAUUUAACUAAAUGAUACCUUUCACUGUGCAAUCUCAAGAGAAAGACUUUCUAAAUUAGGCUGUGUCUUUGCCUUGAAUUAGAAUAUUGUCUAUUUCAGUGUCUUUUUGUAGCAAGAUUGACCAAAAUAGAUGGUAAAUAAGUACAUAAUUUUAAAAUAACUGUCAUGAAAUACUGUAAUGGGAACCUUUGCUAAUAAUGAAAUGGCCUCCCUCUGGAUUAUGGAAAGUUUCUUGUGUGUGAUGUGGGGUGUGUGUGUACAUAUAUGUAUAAUUAUUGUUUUUUUAAUACAGAAUAGCAAGGACCUUGUCUUUCACAUUUUAAGUUCAGGGAACAGUUUAUCCUAGCCACUUAUAUGUUAUCAGUGUAAUGCUUUGUGAAGCUUUAGAAAUGAGCUGAUGUCUCAUUGAAUAAUAAAAUACAUACAUGGUAUAGUUAUUUUAAUAUCUUCAAAUAAAUAGUCUGAGGAUGUGUUUUAUACACAUUAGCAUCAACACAAGUUGUGCCUUGUCCAUGUGCAUUGGCUAUACAUGCAAAAGAUUAUUAAGUUAGCUAGAAUGAGGUAGAUUCUUUAAUUACUUAAAUACUGUAAAGUUCUACCUUGCAAAUGCUAUAGAAUAACUUGCAUUUUAAAGUAUAUUUGCACAUUUUACCUAUUAUGCUAUAUGGUUGCCUUGGGUUUUCUGUACAGAUUGUUUUUGUUAAUAUUGAAUGGAAAUCAUAGGCCUGAAGUAUGCUGUUCUUACGUGAAGUAAAUUGAUAUAACUUACUAUUGGUUA